CACGGAGAGAAUUCACGAACUGCUCUUGAUCGACUUGCUGAUGCCCAUCGGUAACAGUGCAGCGCUAGAGCGGUCAGCAGUGCUGUUCUUGACAGAGUUGCUACACGCGCAAGACCUAAAAGACGUGCCAGAACAUCCUUCGUCUCGUGGAGCUCUGUGUGGGCGUUACACGGAAGAAAACAUGUUUUCGAGACACUGGAUGGAUUGCAAGAAAGAUUCAGCAUCAGACCCUGUUCUAUCAGGGCCGCACCAGCAGCAGCAACAUGAAAACACAAGCGCUGGUAGUGUUUCCAGGGACAGAAAGCCAGUACCCGAAGAGAAAUCACAACUUCCAUCGGGCGUGUUUUCUCUCCACAUCCGGAAUUCGAAUUCACCGCUAACGUCGGAAAAUGCCAGUGACGCAGACGUUUUAUUGGAGAAGGCUUUUUUGCGACUCAUUGACGGCGACGUUGACGAAUUGCAUCCGCAUCUCGUUGAUUUUGAAGACGAGAUUGCCGCAACAGUAUAUGGAAAUAUCGACGCAGUGAAAAGAGCAGCAAGAGGAGGCACGCUGCGUAGUACAGGUUUUCCGUUCAAAUCUCAAUACGAAAACCAUUUUGAUGAAGCGCCUGAACUAGAGAUGAGCGGUGACGACGAGCAGCCGGAAGAAUCAAAAGAAGAAUUUAUGGUAAUGUCCAGAAGUACUUAUCUAUCAGAUUCAGAUCAUACAGAACCUUUUUUGUGAUGGAGCAAGAUGAAGAUAUAGCUGGCAUAGUAGUUACAAAAAUGCGUCAACGCAACAUCUUCUCGUGCGAGAAUACUUGGAAAGAUUGUAGUGCGCUCUGUUAUAGUUGACUUGAUGUUGCCGACGCUGGAGAUUUGCGUGAUUCGUGAUGCAUCUACAAGAAGUUCAAGUUCGUUGAGCAGGCCUCGGCUCUUUUGUUCUAACGGUGACUCGUCCAGUGAGAGCGAAGCAGAAGAAACAGCAAGGCAGCGGAAGCGCACGGCGAAACACGGCACGUGGAAAGAGCGUUCCUUUCUGAGGUCCAUACGGCGACAGCGUCCCUGUAAAACGCGCAUGAAGCUGCUAGAAGUCGGGCAGAUGUGGCUACGGAAAGGCGACUGGGCAGACCAGACACCAGCAAACUCCUGGAUGAGUGAAACUACCCUAGGGAUCGGUGAUCUCGGUAUCGCCGAGGGCAAGCAGCGCAUGCGAUAUCGGAUGCUCGCGCGGUCACGUAGCAAUCACUUACCGCAGCGGCAACUGGUCGAUAAUCCAUCCGGGGACGACGAGUCGGGUAGCUCGUCGGAUAGUGAAGCUGGCUAUGACAGCACAAAGGGUGUGAAUUUGCGUAAAGGCAAGGCGGAGGGAAAAAUCAACGAUCUCUUUCAGCUGGCUGCGACGUCAAGGCACGCGUCGUCUUUGCGGAGUGUAGUGCAUAGAGGAGCUGCCUGUGGGGACAAGGAAGAUUUCAUGCACCUGCACUGCGAUGCAGCGUGCGGCGGAGGUACUGGGUUCGUCACACGUCGUGGCAAUCCAGAUUCAGACGAAGCAUGUUCGUCCGACAAUUUCAGUGAUUCGAUCUACAACUCAAGCGAGCUCGACCAGGAUAACGCUUGCGACAUCGCGGUGGUGCGCGGCAGACACGGACGCAGCAAUGCUCACAAGAAUCGAAGGAACAAGCAAAAGAAUGACUUAAGACAAAUUGUCUCACGUCGAGCAGCGGGAAAGAAUAAAAAUCAAGCGGCCGAGUCAGGUGCUGGGCCAACAAAUGCGGAACCAGAGGACGAGCGGCCGCAGCGCGCUCGUUAUGCUUGUGUAACGAGUUGUAACAAAGAGUUACUCGGUGCCAUGCGGAAGGCUGGGCGGCUGGCUUUGGAUGAGUUCGAGGACCCGGAUGACGACGGUAACAAGAAAUUAGACGAAGUAGACGUUGUGGAGCGGUUGUUUCCUGCGGGAACCGCGGAAAGCGAGGCCUUCCUAGACCCACACGACCCCAACGUGUUCAAUCGCAUUCAGCUUUUUCUAGAACUCGACCGGCGGGACCUCGUAGAGAGUUCCUUGUUGGGAGAUGAGCAAGACCAGCAAGAGCCUGCACCAUCCAAUUCGAAUUCUACGGCUGAAAAAGCCGGCACUAGUACUGCUUCUGAUCGUCCGCUACUAGGACAAAUACCACGAAGACAACACUCGACCUCUUCAGCUUCAUCCAGUCAUCCAUGCGAUCCCUCUGCCCUCGCAGCUAUGUGCAAUUACCCAAGGCGAAGCUCCCUCUUUCAUGCUGAUCAGGAUACUGUUCUGGCAGGUGUAAACCAAGUGCAUCCAAAUCAGGGCUGGCGCUUUUUGCGGUCACCUCUGGUGUUGCUGUGUCGCGAUAUAUGCGAUGAGUGGGACUACCCAGGCGUGUUUGAUAACGUCAUGGAGGUUGAAAUCGCAAAACUGCGCAUCUUCGCGUUUCUUCUCGACAAAGUGCCGCACUUGUUACCAGUCUUGUACACGACCUUCCCAGUUCUCUUCUUGAAUUUGAGCAACCUUUUCGUACGGAAAGGCAACAAGCUGCGCGUCGACGGUCCUCUCUGCCUGCAGCUCAGGGAAACUGCCUGUGGGCUUUUACUGUACUGACUACGACAGAGUCGAGACAGCACGCAUUGAAUUUGAAUUAGAAGCCGCUCUGCGCUAGUUUUUAAAUUCGCGAUUGAUUUGUAUUUUUCGUGUCAUGUUCAUGAUGUUGAUAAUUCAUUCUUGCACUUGUAAUUCUUAGAAGGCUUUAGUUUGUAUUCAGGCAAUUUUUGGCGCUUUUUGUUCAAUGAAUGACUUCAAACAUCAGUCAACUCUUUAUCAGGCGCAUGAUGCAAUUGUGCAAGUGCCAUCCUUCGACAAGCGCUUUUUUUGGAGGAGACGGAAACUAUCUGCUGAACUUUCGUCAAGAUGCGGAGUCGGUGGCGCAGCGAGUGUUGGUAUUUUUCACGGCCGAAGUAUCACGUGGUGGCGCCUUCGGGCGUUCAGCCGCUCUCAUAUCCGACAUGGCCACAUUGAUAGCGUACUAUCUCCGACCCGUUGCGCGCGGAGUGGAAACUCUGGGACCCCGGUUUCAGCAGCUGCUUCCACCAUUGUUGCUCUUACUGAGGGACACCUUCGGGCUGCCACAUGAGCCGCUCUUCUUAAGGCCGAGACUUGUUUUUCUGGUUGAGUUUGAACCUCUGGCGUCCGAGGUUUCUUUUCAUCUCGAGUUUCCAUGAUUGACAUUGGUCGUACUACUUGGUAUAGAAUAGUUUAUAGAAAGGAUAGAACGGAUCUGAUGGACCCCCCUGAUUCUUCCGCUCCUACUUGAAAUGGUGGGAAGUCCAUCCGUUCCAUCCGAUCCAUCCCAUCCCGAAUCUGGCACCCCUAUAAGUUAUUCUAUCGGGCUCGCGCUAUAGUAUGUCUAGUCGGGCGAACGCUGACCAAAGUGGACGCCCCUUGAUUAAGGUGUACCAUUAUCGCGCAUCUAAGUACAACAGAUAUUUUAUAUAUAUGUUCCAGGGCGCGGGGCGACGGUACCCCCCCUAGCGGGAGGGGUACCGUGAGCCCUGGACCCCUUUUUAAGGCGUCUGCCGGGGGUGGAAGGCCUCAAAAGGGGGCCAGGUGACCUCCCUCCCCCGCUCUCUUCCACCUGCCUGGCUGUUGCCUACAGGCCUCAAGAGGAGCCCAAGGGACCGCCCCCGCGUCCUUCCAGGUGCUUGGCGGUCCCCUAGAGGCCUCCGACGCAGGUGGAGGGCCUCAAGAGGGGCCCGACGGGCCGCAUCUGCUUCCUUUCCAGGUGCUUGGCUGUCCCCAAGGCGGCAAAAGGCGAGACCCUCUGAGCCGUGCAGCCUGUACCCUUCGGGCCCUUGGUCAUCGGCUUGCUUGCGACCGUGGCCGCCUUCGGCGGCCUUUUACCCCGGAGGCCUCCCGCCGGCGAGGGUCAGCAGAGGCCAGAAGGUCCCAUAGGAGCACGCUGAGAGGCCCAAGGGGAGGCCCGCGCCAAGUUUUGACGCCUUCCACUACUAGAAUCCGCGAAAAAUCGGCGCGGAAAAGCGCGCGCGCGCGCCACCACAGACCAGACCGCAGGGGGGGCACUGUCCGGCCCCGCGCCAUAUGUGAGCGCAUGCAUUUUAUUUUAGAAAAGAAUCUGAGUAGAUUUACUUUUAUCGCGACGCCAAACCUGUUCUAAUCUUUUGGACAGUCCCGGGAGGUCCGGAAGAAGAGCGCUGGGAAUGGGAACUGCUCGACGAGCAGGGGAUCAUUGAGGAAGAAGAUGAGCGGAGGCUCGCCGAAGAGCUGGCUGCCGAUGUCGAACGGGAAAGACUUAGAUUAAGGCACCACAGUCACAGUCGGGAGUUCUGUGCCGAAGAUGAAGCAUAGCUGUGCCUGCAGGAAAUCGAGAUGAGAAAUCUACACGACCUCGUAUCAACGACUUACUACUAGGUCUUAGCUUUACUAGCGCUCUCUCAAACUCACUCUUUAUGAGAGAUAAGAUGAAAUCGAAGACAAAGUUAAAGACUUCAAAUAAACCUCGUACACGACCUUUGGACUUGAAUUCCUUCUAAUGAGUGCUGAAGGACUCUUGCCGGCUGAGGACGAGGAAGAAGUAGGACCGCCAGACAACAUGCACGCUGAUGAGCAGUUAAGUCAUCUACAGACACAAUGAUUGUUGUGCACUAGAAGUAUCUUCUCUAACAGUUGCUGUUACUGUUUGUCACCAUCAAAGCGGGAACGUUUGAUUAAAACACGAUGAAGUUCUAGUUCAAGAAUUUUUGAUCUCUAAAUUUAGACGAGGAAUCCAAUAUCCGACCUAUGUCGUUGGAAGAAAGCAGGAGUGCAUCUGCGGCGGAUCAGUCGCCGCAAGGCGGCGCGAAACACGAGGCUAAGGAUUCCGAGGAACCCGGUGACGAGGACGAUGAUGACGACGACGAAGAUAGCGAGGACGAUGAGGAGGAAGAGGAAGAGGACGAAAACGCUCUGCUAGCUCACCCCGGUGUAUUCUCGGGUCCACGCUGGGUCUUUCCCUUCACGCGGCUGAUCUACUUUAUCCUCAAGCCCAAACAGGCAGGAAGACCACUGACUCGUCACCAGUCUGAUCCAAAAAAAUAGGAAGGAGGCUCGUGGAUUUUUUUGUGCUGUGAAUAGAAAAUCCACAUGAUUGGUCAUGCCCAUCUAGCACUCGUAAUCGGGUUUGUUCUAAUGAUGAUGUUGAUGCUCACCCUCUUUUUCGUCGCUAACAAAUUGAUGUUAUGCGCCUGCCGCCCAAUACCCGAGAUAGUAGCAUUAGUAUUUUUUUCCUCCUUCUCGCUGCACCUAACGCGCUAUACUAGUAGAGUUUUACGCAACGAACAGUCAAUAUUCUCCUUAAAUGAUAAUGUUAAUGAUGAAGAUAUCUAGCGAAGAUGUACUUGUACCCGUUUUUUUAGUUUUUUUAUCAUGAUGUUCUUGAUGAAGACAGUGACAUGACUACUUGCAGGCGUUAGAGUCGACGCUCACGACCACCUCAUCAACAACAAAAUGGUUGAUCAUUGAAUUGCGCCCAACCCCCGAUUCCCAUUCUGAUUCGCACGGAACUCGAGAAUGAGUCACGCAGUAUAUUAGGUGGAACAACAGCUGGUUUCAGUGGCGAUCAGCGUGUUCCCAAGAGCUCCCUG